AUGGGCGUCCGCCCGCGCCAGUCCGGGCUGCGCCGACGCGGCGCGGCCAGCCGAGAGAGCGCUCCGCUGAACCCCCGGGCCGGUGUCCUAGUGACAACGCAGCAGCCCCCGGCGCCCUCCUCCGCUCCAGUCGUCGCCCCCGUGCAGGACGAGUGUCACCGCCAGACGCGCACCGAGCUACUCACGUUCUUCCGCGGUGCCCACCGCUCAGCCCCGGCGCGGCGGCCCGGGAGCCGGGGCGCAGAUGUUGUCCGUUCGCAACGAAGCUGUCGCCUCUGGCAGCCCCGCGCCGUCCCUGCACCCGCGCUUUUGAGGCUCCGACUGCGGCGCGCGUCAGCCGGCGACCUAGACCAAGCAGGGCCGGCCCCCAGCCGGCGCGCCCCCGCCCCCAGUCUGCCCUCCCUCCUCCGGGAUCCCACACUCCCCGCCUCCCCCACCCCUUCCCCUCUUGGCCGGCCCCUCCCACCCUUGCUCUGCGGCGGCAGCGAAUGGGCUCCGGCCGCCCUCGCCUUAUGGGGCUGGGUGGCCCCCUCACCUGAGCGGCCGCGCCACCACCAAGCAACGUCAGCCUGCAAGAGUGUGAGCCUUGCUCUUUCGCUUGCUUUCCCUGAGGGAAAUCAGCUGCCAUGUUGUGAGCUGCGUAUGGAGAGGCCCACAUGUCAUGGAACUGAGAGAUGCCUGGGGACAAUGCCUGUGAAGAAAGAGUUCCUCAGUUCAACAGCCCAUGAGGAGCCCAACCCUGCCUCAGCCAGCUGAGUGAACUGGGAAGCAGACUGCCUCUCAGUCAAGCCUCCAGUCGAGACUGACUCCUUACUGAAGCCUUGUGAAAGACCCUGUGCCAGAGCACCCAGCUCAUCUGCACCUGGUUUCCCAACCCACAGAAUCUGGGAGAUAAUAAAUAUUUCUCAUUUUAAGCUGCCCAAUUCAUCACUGAUGCAGUUAUAUAAGCACAUUUCAGAACUCUGAAUUUGCAUCUCACCACACAAAUCGUAUCUAUUUUCUGGAUGGGAAAGGAGCAAGUGGAUUAAAUGGUAGUUGUCAUAAGAUGCAGAUAUAGUGCUGGAUAAAGAAGAAAUUGUGGAGAACAGAUGAGACAUCAGUAUGGCUUGGUCAAGGCUAACCUCAGCAGCUCCUGGUUCCACACCCCUACAGCCCAGCCCGGGGAUGGCCAUUCAGCGUGCCCACCUAGCACAGCUUCUUUCUCCUCUUGGAUGCCAGCCACAGGCUUAACUAGACCACAUCUCCUGAAGCUUCACAGUGGGUGAUUAUUACCCACCAUGGAUAAUAAUAGGAUGUGCAUUUUACAGAUAAUAUACUAAAUAACAGGAUGUGUAGUUUCAUACAUCACCUGACCCAGUGACCAGUGGAAAGUCUCCACAGAUGCAAAAUAUUUAUUUUUCUCUCAUGCCUUCCCUCACCAUCUGCCAAAUAACCACAGAAUUCUGUGUGCUUAUCUGGUGCCACUAGGGCAUUUGUGAAACAGAAACCAAAAAUUUGCAGCCCAUUUCUUGCCUGAUGCUUAGCAACACAGUAUCCCUACACCUACCUAAAGAGUGUAAUACUCAAGCAAUUGGAGGAAAAUGUGGCCUGUGGUUGCCAUAUGUGGAUUUCUGCUCUCAAAGCUGUGAGUCACAAGCAUUUCCUGCCCACCCCCAUACUUGGGGAACCAAGCUGGAAAAAGGAGGAACAUUUUCAGUGAUAAUAAGCAUGUUCCUUGUAGCCAACUCUUCCAUCUGUUCCUACAGUUUCUAUCUAUAAGAAUAUAUUGAGUUGUUGGAAAAGUCAUGAUGCAUUUUUGCAACAAAAAACCCCA